UCCAAGAGAAGGAAGAUGGCGGCGCUGAGCUUUCCUACGCCUCUGUACGGGCACGUGGGGCGCGGAGUCUUCAGCGAAGUGUACGAGCCUGCGGAGGACACGUUCCUGCUGCUGGACGCGCUCGAGGCAGCGGCGGCGGAGCUCGCGGGAGUGGAAAUAUGCCUUGAAGUAGGGUCAGGGUCUGGCGUGGUAUCUGUAUUCCUAGCCUCAAUGAUAGGUCCUCAGGCAUUGUACAUGUGCACCGAUAUCAACCCUAAUGCAGCAGCUUGUACCCUGGAGACAGCACGCUGUAACAAAGUCCACAUUCAACCAGUAAUUACAGAUUUGGUCAAAGGGUUGCUACCAAGGUUGAAGGAAAAAGUCGACCUUCUGGUGUUUAAUCCCCCCUACGCAGUGACUCCACCUGAAGAGGUGGGAAGUCACGGAAUAGAGGCAGCUUGGGCUGGUGGCAGAAAUGGUCGGGAAGUCAUGGACAGAUUCUUUCCACUGGCUUCAGAUCUACUUUCACCAAGAGGAUUAUUCUAUUUAGUUACAGUUAAAGAAAACAACCCAGAGGAAAUUUUGAAAACAAUGAAGAACAAAGGUCUACAAGGCACCACUGUACUUUCCAGACAAGCAGGCCGAGAAAUUCUUUCAGUCCUUAAGUUCACCAAAUCCUGAUACACAAGGUGUGCUGAUAGCUACUGAAAACUGAAUGCAUCCAGCAUAUUUUUAGACUGGUCAUCCCUUGGUUUGCAUGGAAAAUUAUUUGAAAUUUGUUGUACAGAAAAAGGUGGAAGGGUGGUGGCAUUCCCUUUCACCCAGGAAUUAGGCCUUUGGAAAUAUUUGUACAAGUAAAUAUGUAUAUUAUAUGUAAAAGUUGCAUUUAUAUUAAAUGAGUACAGUAUACUCCUGUUACUGAACUUACAGCCAUUUAAAACCAGUGAGUAAAUUGCAGAACAGUAUUAUACUAUAUGUAUAUUUUUGAAAAACUGACAGAUAGAGGGUAUGUUUGUAUGUAUAUAUUAGGUCUCAGAAGAUAAACAGUAACAGGUGGGAAUGGAGGAACUUUCACUCUGUACAUUGGCAUUUGUACAAUGAUGAUGUAAUAUUUUUAUAAUUUAAAAGUUUUCAUUUAAAAAAUUUUUAAUUUACUCUUUUUGUCUCCAUUCUAUUUCUAAUAUUUAGAAUUCCUUCUGCCUCCUGUCUUUUU